AUGUCGGGCAGGAAGGCCUAUGCCCGGGCUGCCCCCGACGAAGCCUCGGGGCGCGGGCCUGAGCCCGAGAUCACCUUCCCAACCGGAGCUACUGAGCGACCCCACCACGACGACGCCCUGGUGAUAUCGGCUAGGGUAGCCAACGCGCAAGUGAGGAGAAUCAUGGUCGACACGGGGAGCUCGGCCGACAUACUCUACUUUGGCGCCUUCCAGAAGCUGGGCCUAGCCAGGGAAAGUUUAAGCCCGAUGUGCUCGGCGCUCACCGGCUUCACGGGAGAUUCAAUAUCGCCCCUGGGAGCCAUCACCCUGCCUCUGACUCUGGGGACCCCGCCGAAAUCGAAGACCGUCAUGACCACUUUUCUGGUGGUCGACCUUCCCACCACUUAUAAUGCCAUACUUGGUCGGCCAACCCUCAACAAGGUCAGAGCCGUCGUCUCGACCUACUACCGGACCGUCAAAUUCCUGACUCGGGAGGGGGUCGGGGAAGUCACCGGAAGCCCCCAAGAGUCCAGGCGCUGCUACCUUACCUCCGUCUCAUUGGGCAAAAGGGCCAGGGGAGAGGCGCCUCUAGAAGAUCCCCGGGAAGCAAAGAAGCCGGCCCCUCACCCUGAGCCGAGGGGAUCCACUGUUGACUUCCCCUUGCGGGAAGCACGGCCGGAUCAGACGGUCAAAGUCGGAUCAAAGCUGCCCGAGCGGGAACGGGAACAGCUCGUCGGCCUUCUGCGGGAAAAUGCCGACAUUUUCUCCUGGUCCCCAUCGGACAUGAGGGGAGUCGACCCGAAGGUCGCGGAGCAUCAUCUCAAUAUCCCACCUGACGCUCGUCCGGUGAAGCAAAAGCCCCGGCGCCACGCACCUGACCGACAACGCGCCAUACAAGAGGAGGUGGACCGACUCUUGGCGGCCGGCUUGAUAGAAGAAGCCAAAGAGGCCGGAACACACCUUGCCGACCUAGCCGAGGCCUUCGCCAUGCUACGCAAGUUUGGCAUGCGACUCAACCCCACAAAGUGCGCUUUCGGCAUCACCUCCGGGAAGUUCCUGGGGUUCAUUCGACUCAACGGUAGACUUAUCGCCCUGUCUCGCUUCCUCGCCCGAUCGGGCGAUCGCUGCCUCCCUUUCUUCAAGGCGCUCAAAGACCCGAAGAACUUCCAAUGGACAUCGGAAUGCGAGGAGGCUUUGAAACAGAUGAAGCAGCACCUGGCCAGCCUCCCUCGACUCGCCUCUGUCUUCCCCGGCGAGAAGCUGGGACUCUAUCUGGCGGCCUCCCCGCACGCAGUCAGCUCCGUCCUCAUCAAGGAAAGCUCCGGCGCACAACUCCCGAUCUACUACGCACACUCGGUGGAAGUCAUCACCGACCAACCUCUCCGGCAGAUCUUAACAAAGUACGAUGUUGCAGGUCGGCUCCUCAGAUGGGCGGUGGAGCUCGGUGAACAUGAUAUCAGUUACGCGCCCAGAACCGCCAUCAAGGCCCAGGCGGUAGCCGACUUCAUCGUGGAAUUAGCUCGGGUGGACAAAGACCUCGAGCGAGCUCCCGAGGCUUGGACCCUACACGUGGAUGGCUCGGCCAACUCAAGGGGUGCCGGAGCUGGGCUGGUCCUUCUCGCCCCCGACGGACGCUCAUUCGAGCGCUCCCUCCGCUUCGGGUUUAAAGCCACCAACAAUGAGGCGGAGUACGAAGCGCUCCUAGCAGGAUUAAGGCUGGCCCUCGAGAUGCAGGUGGCCGCAAUACAUGUCCUCACUGACUCGCAACUCGUGGCCGAACAGCUCAGCAGUGGAUACGAAGCUCGUGACGCAACCAUGGCCAAAUAUCUGGCGCGGGUAAGGGAUCUAACCGCGAAAUUCUCUUACUUUACAUUAUCUAAUGUUCCAAGGGAGGAGAACGGACGAGCCGACGCGCUCGCUAAGCUGGCGUCAAGGCGAACCCCCGAAGCGUGGCCAGAGAUAGAGGAGCUUCCCGCUCGCGCCAUUGAGGUGGCAACCACGGCCCCAGGCGGUGCGCCGACCACGUGGGUGCAAGAGCUGCUGCGCUUCAAGCGGGAUGGAACCCUUCCCCUCGACGAAGGCGCAGCUCGGCGUCUGCGCCGCACGCACGCGUGGUACACCGAGGAAAGUGGCCAGCUUUACAAACGAUCCUUCACCUACCCCCUCCUGAGGUGUUUGGAGCCUUUCGAAGCCCAGACAGUCCUGGCUGAAACUCACGAGGGGAUCUGCGGCGAACACAUUGGCGGACGGACCCUGGCGCACAAGAUACUCCGCCAAGGCUACUACUGGCCAACCAUGUGUCGAGACGCAAAAGCUUACGUGCAGCGGUGCGGCUCGUGUCAGCGACACGCCCGCGCACCCCGACAGCCUGCGGUCCCGCUCAGUCCCAUCGACUGCGCAUGGUCAUUCGCCCAGUGGGGACUGGACCUCCUCGGCCCCUUCCCACUGGCCUCUGGACAGCGGAAGUAUAUAAUUGUGGGAGUAGACUACUUCACAAAGUGGGUCGAGGCCGAGCCACUGGCUACGACGACGGAACACCAAAUGGAGAAAUUCAUUUGGAAAAACCUUGUGACCCGGUUUGGGUUGCCCAGAGCCAUUGUCACCGACAACGGACCUCAGUUCGCCGGCACGAGGUUCCGGGAAUUCUACGCCGGUCAUGGCAUUCAACUGAGGUUCAGUUCGGUGGCCCACCCUCAGACGAACGGGUUGGCCGAGGUAACCAACCGGUCCAUCCUGGAUGGCCUCAGAAGAAGAGUGUCCGCAGCCCGAUCGACCUGGACGGACGAGCUCCCCAGCGUGCUGUGGUCGCUGCGCACCACCCCCAAAGCUGCGACCGGAGAAUCCCCAUAUAGCUUGACUUUUGGAACCGAGGCCGUCCUACUGCCCGAGAUGACUGUUGCCACACUUCAGACAAGGAGCUACGAACAGGAGGCCUCGAACCAGGGACUUCGCGCCAGCCUCGACGUGCUCGAGGAACGACGUGCCGACGCACACCUGAAGGCCCUCUCUCACCAGAGAGCCGUCGCAAGGGUCUACAACAGAAAGGUGCGACCCAGACCAAUCAGGUUAGGCGAUCUAGUCCUACGAAGGGCCGAAGUCAGCGACCCGACCCGAACGAGGGGGAAGCUGGCCCCCAAGUGGGAGGGACCUUACCGGGUCACCGGCGUGGUUCGACCAGGUACCUAUCGACUCACAACGAUGGACGGUUCCUCCCUACCGAGGACAUGGAACAUCUAG